UGUGAUAAUAGAUGCUAACUUUACACUCACUGUCUUUCACUAACAGCUCAGAGUCAAGGAUUUAUUAUGAUCAGACCUUGAGUCCAGAGGCCAGCUGUGAAGAAUAGUUAGUGUGGAAACCUUGAGUCUUCUGGAGGAAGGUGGUGUCCCGUGCCCUGGCGCAGACAUUCCUGUCCUGGAGGAUGAUACCCUGACUCAUGCAGAGGAAAAGAAGAGUUCUGUUGUAAAACACAACAGGAAGGCGUCCAGUGCUGCUGCGUGCCAGGAGGACACCUGCAGAGCUGCCGCAGGGGUGGAAGUGAGCCACAGGCUGUAUGGAUAGCUCUGGGAAAACUGCACGGCUGCACAAAUCUGACGCCAAACUAGGGCGCUAUUUUUGGUUUCCGUUCUGCUUUUCUGACACCUGUAGGUAAGCGUGAAGUGCGCAACAGACUUCUGCGGCACCUUACAGAGCGAAGGAACCAUCGCAGGGUAUGGGAUCACCGUGAAGUGUUCUUGCUUAGCAAUCAGGAUUAAUUAUAACCCAGGAAUAUGAACUGUAAAUGCGCUGGAGUUGCCAAGACAGAAGCUGGCUGCGUGCCAGCGCUUGAAUGAGGACGAACUGUCCCAUCAGGACUCCCGGGGAGCAAUAGGUAACACCCAGGUGUAAUCAUCAGAUGCUUUCUGUGAUCUUUACCCGUGAAUCUGCUCGAGCAGUUUCUUCUUAGCCGCACUUUAGGGGCUGCACGCUGGUCCUCGAACUGCUUUAACUCCCAGAGAAAUAAUUACACUUAACAAGACCUUAUUACCUACUGAAAAAUAUAAUGACUGAAUUCCUGGUUUGUUUUAAUUGGUGCAAUGGUGAACAGCCCCAGCCGAAGAGGCGUCGGAGACUGGACCGGAAUAUGAUAGGAGAACCAAUGAACUUUGUACACACUGCACAUGUUGGGGCAAGAGAGAUGAGUAGUGACUAUUCAUCAGCUGUGUCAAUUCAGGACCACAUGAAGUCUAAAGGUGGCUACACAAAUGGCACUUCUGCGACUGUUGAGAUAUAGGAAACUGAGAGAAGGCUGAAAUCUGCUGUGUCUUAUGAGGACCCUCUGGACUGUGCUUUCAUAUUCUCUAAAACCUCUUUAUCACGGAGUAGGGAGAGUACUUGAAAUAUAAAUAGGUCAGUGCAAGCUUUGGUGUUCUUUGCACAAUAGCUUCUGAAGGAGUUAUUGUAAAUUAUCCUUAAAAUAUGGUAGUCAUGGUAGUGUUGUAGUAGAAACUGUAAUUUGUCACUGUGGAUGACUUCCUAGCUGUGUCCCAAAAACCUCACAAAAUCAUAUUGUAGGAUGGGAUUGGAAGUCAGCAUGAAUUGUCUAGAUGUUUGGUCUCUGUCUUUUUUUCCCAUCAAGAAAUGCAGAGGUUGAUUUACUGGAAGACAUCACGUUUGCAUUUGUUACAUGGACUAAACCGAAUUGUGAAGUAGGAUCUUGUAGCCUGUAAUAUAGCUUUGAACCUGUUCUUUAGAUGACUUUCAACCUAAUGCUUAAGUCUACUGACCUAUACUUUGGUAUUUUUUUAAUAUCUUUUGAUGGUGAAUGAACUCUAACUCAGUAUCGUUAGCCGAGUCUGCAAAACCCAGUGAAACUUCUGCCUUGCUGUGAUAAUGCUUUUGUAGCUAAAAAUCGAGGUUUCACAAACAUACCUACGCUCAAAUGAGGCUCAGAAAAACAGACAUUUCUAUCAAUUCCUGGGCUGCCUCCCUUCCAUACAUGCAGUAGCGUGACUGACAGCUAUUGCUACAACAGCUAUGUACUGGCUAACCUCAAGUGGUGCUACAAUAUGCUCACAACUGUGUUAAUUUUGCAUGACUACUAUUGGAUUUUAAACUAAACAUAUUUAAGAUCACUCUGUUACCUAUCUGUAACAGUAACUGCACAGGACUUCAAGGGAUAUCUCGCUUGUCUUUCUGGCUCUUUAAUUUUGAGACUGGGUUUGUUUGGGGUUUUUAUUAACUGAAGUUUAUCUUGCAUAUGGUUUAAAUAAAAAGUAUGGUUCAAGUGAUACAGCCAUGCAAAGGACAGAAGUUUAAAGAAUAAUGUGAAAACUUGCA